AUGCAUCUCAGGUUUCGUUCUUCCAGCAAUGAACCAAGAUUUAUCAACACUUUCACCUUCGACGGCAAGGAGGAUUCACCAACUUUUGUUAUGGAAAAGCAAAAACUGAAAGUGAAAGAAAAGCUUGACAAGUAUAAUAAAGAGAAGCUUUUGGAAUUUUGUGAUAUGUUUGACAUGCCAAUUGGCAAGACUUCUAAAAAGAUGGAAGAUGUUGUCAUAAAGCUGAUAGAUUUUAUGUUGAAGCCUCAUGUUACAAACAGUGAGUUGCUUUCAGAGAAAGAACAACAUCCUGAGCAUGUACAACAUCUUGUUUUGGUGGGACCUGCUGGAUUUACCUCAGAAGUUGACCAUAAAUCAAAAUGGCUUACAAAAUCCAGGGUAACAUGGAAAGGAGUUGUUAUGAGCCAUUUAUGGGAAUCUAAUUUUACUCCUAUGAAAGUACUCAGCCUUGAUGUGUGGAAUUUUAUGAUGGAGCUCAUGAUACACAAAGUUACUGCCUUGGCCAUACAUAAUCCUACGAGUGCCAUGAUGCAUCAUGCUGGACAUAGAUUUCAUGAAGUGUUUCAGAUGAAACAUGGUGACUAUUCUGAUCUUCCUGCAGCAAAAAUCUCAGAGUUGAUGAAGUCUAACAGUUUGGAUGUGAUUUCCUUAAUUCUUUUUGUCCCUUGUGAAUUCAUCAAUAUUCACAUUUUACACUUGUAUAAUUUCAGAAUCUUUUAUUGUCUAGAUUGCCCCUACAUAGUCGCUUCUAAGCAUAGUAAAUGAGAUUCUAGACGAAAGCAUCAGCAAGAUGAGUAGUGAAAUACCUCAUCGUGUUGCUUGCCUCAUGAGGAAAGCCGUUGAUGACCUAGAGGUUAGAAUUGUCAUUUCUCAAGCAAAAGUAAAAGC